CAAACAUCCUUCUGCAAAGACCAGAUGUAGUGAUGCCACUGUUUCGGAACCCUAAAAUUGCAGCGCCAGGCUUGCUUGGCAAUCCAAAUGCUUCAGUGACGGAGUUAGAAGCACUCGUAGGAGGACAUCAAGGAGAUGUUGAAAGUGGAGGAGGUAAACAGGCUAAAAAUGGUAAAAAAAGCGCUUCUACUAGUCAAGAAACGGAGGUACUAGAGGAUGAAGCGGAACAAGGUAGGAUCAUGAACGAUGACGAAAAGGACAAAGCCAGAGACCUCAAUGACUCAAGUCCGGC